AUGGGAUCUCCUAGAUCCGCGGUCCUGGCUGACAUCUUCGUGGAAGAAUUCGAAACGUCACCUCUCCUCACCGCGUACCCCAAACCCACCAUAUGGCUGCGCUAUGUUGAAGACACAUUUGUCACGUGGCCCAAUAGUCAAGAUCACCUCCAAGAAUUCCUCGAGUACCUCAACAAGCAACACCCCACUAUCAAGUUCACCAUGGAACAAGAGCAAGACGGACAACUCUCCUUCCCGGAUGUCCAUCUGUCCAGGAACCCAGACGGCACCCUCAACCACCGUGUCCACCGCAAGCCCACCCACACCAAUCGGUACUUGCACCAAAUAUCAUUUCACCACCCAGCCAUCAAGACCUCAAUCAACCGCACCCUCGUCCGCAGAGCCUCCGAGACCUAA